AUGGCAAACGAUUCACAUGCUGAAUCUCACCUGUGCCAAACGUCCACUACAAGUGUAGUUCUGCCCAUUAUCUACACCAUUAUGUCUAUCACUGGCCUGCCAGGGAAUGCUAUUUCUCUCUGGGUGUUCAUACGCAAAAUUGCCAUCAAAACGUCCACUCACAUCUACCUGAUAAAUCUAGGGAUCUCAAACUUGCUGCUCUGCCUCACCAUGCCAUUCCAGGCCACAUACUACUCACUUGGGACCAAAUGGCGCCAGCACGACACCAUGUGCCAAAUGGCAAUAAAUGGUCUAACUCCAGUGAUCCACAUCAACAUCUGCAUUGGUGUGAUGAUAUUGAGCUGGGUGGCACUCAGUCGCUUCGCUUCGCUGAUUCAACACUCCCAUGCUGACCGUCCAAGCCGAUGGCUCAAAGUUCUACCAGGUGCCUUUCUCUGCCGAAAACGACAUGCGAAACUGGCCUAUGCGCUGUGCAUGGUCACCUGGGCCAUUGUAACCAUAGCGGUCACAUCCUUUGUGGUGCUGUACUCGAUCAGAGAGGCUAGGAGUGUGGAUGACGGCGACGGAAAUGAAGCGUGUUACAGCGUAGCAGUGGAGGUUGGCGGGGAAGGAUCUCACGUCUUCGCUUUAGUGGCCGUUUCAAUGUUCUUUGUCUUCUUCCUGUUGGUCAUAAGUGCUUACAUGGCAGUGAUCAGGCACAUCUGGAGGUCCAGGAGAAGCGCGGUCAUCUCAGACAGCCAGCGAGUCUACGCAAGAGUGUUUCGGAAUAUUGUUGUCAUUAUGGUGGUGCUGGUGGUCUUACUCCUGCCGCACCACAUCUACAAAGCCAUCUUUGUUCAUAUCGUCAACGAGCUGUCUUGGUCUGCAUCACCUCCAAAAGACGCUUGCCAUCCACUGUCCAUGUACGUGGAGGUGAAGAGCAUCCUGCUCUGUUUAGCAACUCUGCGAUGUAGCACAGACCCCAUCAUGUACUUCCUGCUGGACAAGACGUUUCGUAAUCAUGCGCUUAGCCUGCUGAGAUUACGCACUAGUGCAAAUGACAGUCAGUCAUCAAAGUCUAACAUGGGACAGUUAUCUCAGGCAACAAGUGCAUGCCUUUAGACAUUACUUGAGAGAAAACUGUACACAGACACAAAGGAGUCUCAUUGUGAGCGAUGUUCCCUCACAGCUAAAUGUUGUGUGGAUGCACACAAACAUAAGAAAAGGGAGAAACUUCCUGAACAGAGCUAAAUAAAUGGGCAUCUUUUUAACUGGAUUACUUCUGCAUGUCCAUUGUUCUUCAGUAUGGAUGUGAAGCUGUGAGAACUCUUGUGUAAAAUGAUGCAGUGCUAAGAAAUGCUAUAUAACAGAGGAUAUGUGGAGAGGCACACAGUGGAACCCAAUGUAAACAAGUAUUUUGCAAGUUGCAAGUCCCUAUAAAGUAACCAGAUGUUUUGAAAAGCAGCUACAAGUCAGACUGAUGCUUCCGU